AUGCGGCAUUACCAUUUUCCUCAUUUCCAAAUAUUACUGUCGGUUCUUACAUCAUUUGCAUCAGGACGUGCUACCUCUGUUGUUAUUGAUUGUGGUGGAGGAUCAACUAUGGUUGCCCCAGUACAUGGCGGUUAUGUUCUUCAAAAGGCAGUGUCUUCUUCUCCUAUUGGAGGAGAAUUUCUUACUGAUUGCUUGAUGAAAAGCUUGGAAAGCAAAGGCAUCGUGAUAAAACCAAGGUACUCUUUUAAGAGAAAGGAAAUACAACCUGGGGUGUUUCAGACUGUAGAUGUUGAUUUGCCACACACAACAGAAUCCUACAAGCUUUAUUCCCAGAGAGUGAUUGCAGGCGAUAUCAAGGAAUGUGUCUGUCGAGCUCCAGAUACUCCAUAUGAUGAAAGUUCAUAUUCAAAUAUCCCAAUGACCCCAUAUGAGCUUCCUGAUGGCCAGACAACUGAAUUUGGUGGUGAUAGACUCAAGAUCCCUGAUAUUCUGUUUAACCCAUCUUUGGCUCAGACAAUUCCUGGAGUGGACAAUUUUUCUGAGAUUUCAUCUUCUCGUGGCUUGCCACAAGUGGUCAUAGAAAGCAUCAAUAGAUGUGACGUUGACAACAGGAAAGAAUUGUUUGGCAGUAUAUUGCUUGCUGGUGGCACAGCAUCUAUGCAACAGUUGAAAGAACGACUUGGGAAAGACUUGCUGGAGGAAUCUCCUCAAGCUGCUAGAGUUAAAGUAUCGGCAAGUGGAAAUGCAACAGAAAGAAGAUUCAGUGUUUGUAUAGGAGGUAGUAUAUUGGCAUCUCUUGGUUCAUUCCAGCAAAUGUGGUUCUCCAAGUCUGAGUAUGAAGAAGAUGGAGCUUCAUACAUCCAAAGAAAAUGCCCUUAAGAUGAAGAAGAUGAUAGGCAUUUGCAUUUAUUGACAUGGUAAGCAAAUGCUAAGCCAUUCACAUAAACUUUUGUUUCUCCAUUUUGCCACUGGAGCCCAUUUUCAUUUUUUCUAGGUUAAGGAUCUACUUCUGUUGGACCCAAAAUCGUCCCAUUCGUGCUAACUAACUAUUCCCCGAUUGAUAUCGGUCAAUGUAAGAUAUUCUAUUUACAAGACUAUGAUGUUUAUUAUCAUCCUAGAUGGUGCAGCAUUCAUGGCUAUAAGGAAAGAUGAUUUUUUCUUCUUCUUUGUU